CCAAACUGUCUUGUCCAUGGUCUAGCCAAAACUUUUCCUUCAGUCUUACCUGUUACAGUAAAUGGCCGUUUCUGUAGUUUGCUUAAUCCACGAAUUUAGGGAGGAGUCAUUAGAUCCUUCACUUCCUGGGUUACAGUUUAUCCACUGACACUGCCUGCUGUACUUUCUGAGCAACUCUUCAGGGACUUAAAAUAUUUUAUGUAUUUGUGCCUGGGUGUAAGUUUGUCCACCUUCCUGGAACUGGAGUUUCAGACUCUCGUGAGCUACUGUGCGAGAAGAUACUUGAUUGAAAGGACUCUGUCCCACUGAUACAACCAGAUGCCUUCUUCCACUUCACCAGACGAAGAAGACAGCCUGGAGACCUGUGCUUUAAAGGUUUCUGAUCUGGAUUUAAAAGAAUCAAGUCUUAUUAAUCCCAGCAACAGUCUGAAAGCAGAGUUAGAUGGCAGUACAAAGAAGAAAUACUCGUUUGCAAAGAAAAAGGCCUUUGCCCUUUUUGUCAAAACCAAACAAGUUCCAGCACCUUCUUAUGAAUUUAAGGAAAAACGGUGGCGAUGUUGUCAGCAGCUAUUUGCAGACCAGACCAGCAUCCACAGACAUGUGGCCACACAGCAUGCUGAAGACGUGUACCAGCAGACUGCUUCUAUUCUAAAGCAACUGACUGCAGCAUUGAGUGCCUCACAGAGUCUUACAGCCACAGACAAAAGGAGCUCCUCCAAAGACUGUCUCACUCAUAGUCAGGAGGUGUCUGCUUGGCUCCCUGAUGUGAGCCAUGUUAGCCCUCAAGAGCUGAGGAGUGGCCAGGGCGACGAGGAAGGAGAGGUGCUCCUGUAUUACUGCUACUGUGACUUGGAGGACCCCCACUGGGUCUGUGCCUGGCAGACAGCUCUGUGCCAUCACCUGCACCUUACAGGCAAGAUUCGAAUCGCUACUGAAGGAAUCAAUGGAACUGUUGGAGGAAGCAAAGUGGCCACGAGACUCUACGUGGACGUCAUGCUUUCCUGCCCAUUAUUUAAGGACUACCUGAGCGAGGAUGACUUUAAGAGCAGCAAAGGAGGGUCUCACUGCUUCCCGGAAUUGCGAGUUGGUGUGUUUGAAGAGAUCGUGCCUAUGGGGAUCAGUCCCAGUCAGGUCUCCUACAAGAACCCCGGAAUCCACUUAUCCCCUGGUGAAUUUCAUAAAGAAAUAGAAAAGCUUUUAUCACAGUCAAAUCAGGAACAAGGUGAUACUAUCCUACUGGACUGCAGGAACUUCUAUGAAAGCAAAAUAGGACGAUUCCAGGGCUGCUUAGCACCAGACAUCAGGAAAUUCAGUUACUUCCCUAGCUACGUUGACAAAAACCUUGACAUUUUCAGGCAGAAGAGGGUACUGAUGUACUGCACUGGGGGCAUUCGCUGCGAACGGGGUUCUGCAUACCUCAGAGCCAAGGGAGUGUGUAAGGAAGUGUUUCAGCUCAAGGGUGGCAUCCACAAGUACCUGGAAGAGUUUCCUGAUGGCUUUUACAAAGGAAAGCUGUUUGUUUUUGAUGAGCGGUUUGCUCUGGCCUACAACAGUUCUGUGGUAUCAGAAUGUUCAUACUGUGGAGCCCCGUGGGACCAAUAUAAACUCUGUUCUACUCCCCAAUGCCGCCAGCUUGUGUUGACCUGUCCUGCCUGUCAAGGACAAGGAUUCACCGCCUGUUGUGUCACGUGUCAAGACAAAGGGGGCAUGCAGACUUCAGGCCCCACCCAGGACAGUUUUAAAGAAGAAUGUGAGUGUACAGCCCGGAGGCCACGCAUCCCGCAGGAGCAGCAUGCAUGACUCCCUGUGAGCCUGGACCGGGACCUGGUGCUGGUGAGGCUGAGCAUCAUGGUCAGCAUUCACUGAACACAUGCAGACUUAAGUAGCCAUGUGCAGACUGUGAAGGUGGUAGGAACAAAUGGGGAGUGUCCAUGUUGGUCACUGCCAGUAUAGCAGAUGGCCACAGGCAAAGGGGAUAGGGAGUCAGUGUCGGCUGCCUGAUUUACCCUUUGAUUCAGAGGAUGCUAGAGGCUGGAACAAAGGUAAACCAUGUGGGGUCCCAAAGGUGAUGAGGGAUUGUCUUGAGCUUGGUGGCUCUCCACCAUGCAGCAGAGUGGUAGGCAUUGCUCUUGUCAGCAAUCAUUUUUACCUUGCAGCAAAAGGAUAAAAGUUGGGCCCUGGGUGUGGACUUUUAAACCAGGCCCGCUACUAUCUUUCCCUGCCUCAGCCUCUUCCCUAACUUCCUAAAGGCUCUGUGGCUCUGAUCACCUUGUGCCUUGAAGCAUUUACUGAAUCUGUCAACCCAUUCCUUUAUAUGUGAUCAUGGCACUACUGAGUAGUUGGCCAGAGACCAUGCGGCUUCAGAAUCUAAAGUGUGUACUACACUCUGUCCUUCACAGAGGUCCUCUGAAAGAGAUGGCCCUCACCUUUAUUGAUGUGGUGUCUUUAAAGAUGUUUCUCUAGCAGCUCUGCAUUACCCAGCAUCCCCUUUCUCAGCUUGUAAGUGUUCUCAGGGAUCCAGAUGUGCAGCAGGCUUUAGGUCAGCAUCUGGCACACAAGACACUUCAUUAGUGAGCUCAUUCAGCAUGGUAGCAACCCAUCUCCUGGCCUUUGGGCACAUGUUCUUAUCCCAUGAUUCUUAAGAAGCACACGGAGCCACACAUAGACCAAAUGGCUUUAAUAUUAUUUUGCAGUUUCCAGUGAUGCAGAAUGCAGCUGUAGUUGUGUUUCAAGGAGAAGCUGAGUGGGGCUAACUGUCCCUGCAGCUUGGUGCCACUCCUGGGCCCAUGUGCAGCCUCAGUGGACACUCAUAGUGCUGAGGCCCCGACGCCACCUCUAGCUACCCUGUACUGUCCAUAGCGUUACAGUUCGGUGUGCAGACUUUCUCUUAAGUCAGAAGCCCCUGGCUUUGCUCAACAGCUUUGGAACCUUGUCAUUACUAUAAUAUUGGCUGAAUCCCUAAGGAAAAUAACUCCCCAAAGCAACAAAAAUACUAGUUUAACUGGCACUGUGGUCUAUUAAAAGGCACAAGAACAGUGUAUUAACAUUUUUACUGGCUCCCAUGGGGUUAAAAAAGGGAUCCAGCAGGAAGGCCAAGAUUAGGUUUCAGAGUAAUCCCUUGUGUUGCUUGGCCAGGAUCUCCUAAUUCCUUACCAUUAGAAUGCUGUACUCUGCAGUCCUUCAGAGGCUUCAUUUGUGGGCAAGAGCUGUGUGAUUUGAUUUGUCUCAUAAAUGACCAGGCAGGCACUUGGUGUCUGUAAGCAGGGCCAUGCUAAAUACCACAGCCAUGGUGUACUGGAAAUUCACCCAAUGGUGUUGAUCUCACAUAAGUCAUUGGCCCACUGUGGUAUAGGAAGAUGUUUUUAUGUGGCUGUAAGUUUUCAUCCAUCAUGAAGUUGGAAUUUAAUAAAGAAGAAAAGAUUUCUGACUGCAGAUGAGUACCCCGCACGUGUUCACACAGCACUCAGAAGGAUGUCUGUUGCCUGGCGUGGUGGGUUUUGAAACUUGAAAUUUCACCAUUGCCUUUUUCUCCCUCUUUCUCUUACCUGGCAGAAGGAAUCCUGUGUCUUUCUGACUCUUAGAAUAUUCUGGGCUUGUCUUUCAUUCUUAGGGGGUAUGGGGUUUGAUCCUGGAAUCAAUUUGGCAGCUUUAAUCUUGAUGUUCAAGUUUCAAGUAGGGGUUGAAAAAUCAUGAUUAUGUGUUCUUUUUACUGAGUUGCUAUGAUCAAAUCUGAAAUAAAAAAUUGUUUAACCAUGCUU